AUGCUCUCCCACACAGGACUGAAGUGCGGAAUUCGUGCAGUUGAUUUGAAAAGUACGGAAACUAUCUUGGAAUCGGGGUUCUUCUCUAGAAUUAGUAGUUGGGGAAAUUCAACAGUUGGUGGACACCCGUGGCAGGUCUCCCUGAAAUUAGGUAGACAGCACUUCUGUGGAGGAAGCUUGAUUCAAGAUGAUCUGGUGGUUACAGCAGCACACUGCCUGGCUAGCCUCGAUGAGAAGCAAAUUAAGCGUCUGACUGUGACUGCUGGGGAGUAUAACCUCUUUCAGAAGGAUAAGGAGGAACAGAAAAUUCCUGUCUCAGAAAUUAUUAUCCAUCCUAAAUACAACAGACUUGGAUAUAUGAGUUUUGAUAUUGCACUGCUAUAUCUAAAACACAAAGCCAACUUUGGAACUACUGUUCAGCUGAUCUCUAUUCCCCAUAGAGGUGAUACAUUUGAAGAAGGGAUUUUUUGCAUGGCCAGUGGAUGGGACAAGAUUUCAGAGACAGCAGAAUAUUCAAAUGUCCUACAGGAAGUGGAACUUCCCAUCAUGGAUGACAGAACGUGUAAAACUAUGCUCAAGGGUAUGAACCUUCCUCCCCUGGGAAGGACCAUGUCGUGUGCUGGUUUUCCUGAUGGGGAAAAGGAUGCCUGUCAGGGGGACUCUGGAGGUCCACUUGUUUGUAGAAGAGAAGAUGGAAACUGGGUUCUUGCUGGGAUAACUUCCUGGGGAGCUGGUUGUGCUAGAGGCUGGAAUCCUUUCAGAAAUAACCAUAGAAGGGCAUCACCUGGCAUUUUUUCCAAGGUGUUUGAGUUAAUGGAUUUUAUCACUCAGACCAUGACAGAUUGUACACCUCAGGGAACAGUAUUAUUUGGAGGAAAUGGGAAGAUUCGUUAUCCCCAUUCGGAAGAGAGCAACUAUUCUCAUAAUCGCUUAUGUAUCUGGAAAAUAAUGGUACCAGAAAAUAAAAUUAUCCUAAUAAAGUUUACAAGCUUAGACAUAGAAAAUCAAGUUGAAUGUGACCAUGACUAUGUAUCUUUACAAUCAAGCAGUGGAGUGCUUAUUAGUAAGGUCUGUGGAAAUGUAUUGCCCUCACCAUUGCUGACAGAGACCAACGAGGCCACAGUUACCUUUGUUUCUGAUACAGACAACAGUGGCAGCAGCUUUGAGCUUACCUUUACUGCUAUACGGAAGAACUCAGAAGCAGGUUCAGGAUGUGGGAGUGGGGCUGUGCUGGUGGUGGAAGGGAUGAUUCACUCUGCUGGCUAUCCUCACCUAUAGCCCAGGAAUGUAGGGUGUCACUGGUUGAUUCAUGCUCCAGAGAAACACAUUAUAAAGUUGACAUUUGAAGACCUUAGUAUUGAAUUUAACCAAGACUGUACUCAUGCUGUUGUGAUUUAUGGUGAUCCUGAAGAGGAACAUGGGGUGGCUAAGCUUUGUGAAAUCUUGAACCCUACUCGGGUAUUCAGUCCUGGUAACAUGAUGGUGAUUCAUUUUAAAAGUGAUGGUGAAAAGAAUUUCCAACGCUUCAAAGCUAGAUUCAGCUUUUUACCCUCAGACUCUUUAAACAAAAUUGGAUCAACAUCAUCUUCCAAAACCAAUGCUGUAUCUUCUACAAAAGAUAUUCCAUAUGGUGUCUGUGGCAUCCCUCCAUUUAGUCCCCAGUGGCUUUCCAGGAGAAUUGCAGGAGGGGAAGAAGCCUGCCCCCACUGCUGGCCAUGGCAGGUGGGUUUGAGGUUUCUAGGCAAUCACCAGUGUGGAGGUGCCAUCAUCAGCUCUAUUUGGAUUCUGACUGCAGCCCAUUGUGUGCAAUCGAAAAAUAAUCCGCUCUUGUGGACCAUUGUUGCUGGAGACCAUGACAGAACCUUGAAGGAACCAACUGAGCAGGUGAGAAGGGCAAAACACAUCGUGGUGCACGAAGACUUUGACAGACUGACCUUUGACUCUGACAUCGCCCUAAUACAGCUGAGCUCUGCUCUGGAGUUCAACUCAGUGGUGAGGCCAGUGUGUCUCCCGCACAGCGCGGAACCUCUGUUUUCCUCUGAGAUCUGUGUUGUGACUGGAUGGGGAAGCGUUAGUGAAGAUGGUGGCCUAGCGAGUCGCUUACAGCAGAUUCAAGUGCCCGUGUUAGAAAGAGAGGUCUGCGAACGCACUUACUAUUCUGCCCAUCCAGGAGGGAUUACAGAGAAGAUGAUCUGUGCUGGCUUUGCAGCAUCUGGACGGAAAGAUGUGGGUCAGGGAGAUUCUGGUGGGCCAUUAGUAUGUAAACAUGAAAAAGCUCCCUUUGUCCUCUAUGGCAUUGUCAGCUGGGGAGCCGGCUGUCCCCAGCCAAGGAAGCCAAGCGUAUUUGCCAGGGUGAGUGUCUUCUUGGACUGGAUUCAAUCCAAAAUCAAAGGUCCUGUUUUACUUCAGAUAAAUAAAGAAAGCAAAAUCUUAACAAGACAACAAUUGCCACCACCCACACCUUCAAGAGACAGUGCAUCUGGGCCAGGCUGUUACUCUGAAGUGGAGCUGGAAGAGCCCAGAGGCUUUUUUUCCUCUCCAAGAUAUCCACUGGAUUAUAGAGGAAAACUGGAAUGUUCUUGGGUGCUCAGAGUUUCACCAAGCAGUAUGGCAAAAUUUACGGUUGAGUAUCUGUCACUCCCUGGGUCUCAUGUGUGUCACGAUUCAGUUCUGACUAUUUAUGAAGAAAACCGCAAUGAGAGAAGGAUGUCAGGUGAAUUAUGUGGGAGAAGGCUUUACCCAAUGAUUUUCGUGAGCUCUGGACCACUGGUGAGGGUGAUAUUUCAUUCCCGUGUGCAAGGUGCUUUUGGCAUAAAUUAUAUUGUCUUUAGAGUCCAAGGUCCAAAGGGCAGUAAAACUACCAAAUUUCUUCAGAGUUCAAACCAAGAGCAUGUGACCACUUGUGACGAUGUUAUUCUGACCAAACCAACAGGAAUCAUAGAAAUCCCAAGAUAUUUUCACAGAACCACUAUGAGCUGCCACUGGAGAUUAUUAGCCCCUUUAAAUCACAUCAUUCGCCUUGAUAUUGUCAACUUCCAGAUGCAACCAAUGCCCUUGGCCUGUCAGGGUCACCUGUGGGUUUACGAAGGAUUUGGAUCAGGCAAAAAAUUAAUAGGAGAUCUAUGUGAAGGAGAUUCACCUUCAUUAAAAUCUCAUGGUCCUCUUAUGAUGUUGAUUUUCACAUACAAUUCUGAUAAUGUGAGAAAUGUUGGAUGGAGAACACAAAGAAGAUUUGCAUCAAGUUCAAAUUAUAUGGUGUUCUUGCCAAAGCUACCAGUGACCUCCACAGGUUCAGAUCCAACAGUCACUUCUCAGUCCUAA